GCAGUGUAACUAAUGGACGAAAACUCAAUUUCUUACCUGGAGUAUGUUUCCAAUGCCAUCGUGUCAUGACAACAUAUUGGACCUAAUUUUGAAGUAACGUACACGGUAUAUGCAGAUAAAUGUUAAAAAACAGCACUAUUCAAGCGAGGGGUGCUGCUUACGGAAGGACUUAACCAAGAAAAAUAUUAGAGAUUUAUUCUGUACGACUUGUUAGGCCUAGUUAGACAUAUCAUAGAAGAUGAGUAGUAUGCCAAGACCAUACAGUUCUGCCAGUCACCCGCGGCAAGAUACACGGGGCCCUUGGCGUGGUUUUGCAGGAGGCGACUUCACCCACCCCACAGAACAUAAACCAAUGGUGAUCGACAUCAUAGGUUGCCACAGGGAAGUCACCGUCUGCGGGCAUAUAGAGCUGUUAAGGAGGCUACCGAUCAGACACCGCAACCACCUGCAACUGAUGGAGACGUAUUCCCGGGAGCCGGGCAACUACGAAGGGAGACACAGCGAGUAUUAUGACAGCCACGCGAAGCUGCUGGAUUACGGCCACGGAUAUAUUGCUCUACGGUUGUACGAUGAUAUAACCAGGCCUGAGCUUGGAGAGUUCCUGUUGGGGAAAGGUUGGAAGAUGAUCGGUUUUGCUGCAAAUAAGGAUGGGAAUAAAACAAUUAUCACCGAGAAAUGGUGCAAUAUUAGAGACCAUUGAUGAACACGAUAUUUAAGCUGAUGAUGGACAAUGUGCAUUCGAUAUUGCGGGGGAUGGAGGAACUUCAUCGGUGGAGUGUAUAUAGUUAGCAUAUGUAAUCGUCUCAUUUGCAAAACAGAUUAGAUACGACGUAAUAUAGUGUUCAACAGUACCAAAAUAUCUUUAGGCAGUACAUGAUCUAUUUAGCUGAUCUUCUUCCAUAUCAACUUCCUUUUUAUCUGCAACCCUGCCCACAGGAAAUGGCUUUCAACAUUUUCUUCAUUCUAGGCUUCAACUCGUUGCCCAAAGGCUCUGUUUGGCACUAUUCCAAUGGCUAAACUGGUAAUGCCAUUAGUAUUUCAAUCAAGCCGAAGCAAAUAUCAGAAUUAAAUCUGAUGAUCAAAUUUGAAACUGCGAAUACUUUGGAUAUUAUAGCCAUUAAAAAGUAUAGGA